AUUGGUGAGACAUGAAUGGAAAUAACAAAUAAAGUUAUGCGUCCGGAGUCGAGCUCAUCGGGCGGGGGUGGAGGCGGAGGAGCAGGAGGUGGUGGUGGUGGCCAAGAGAUAGAAUCUUCGUCAUCUGCAAAUGCAUCGGCUGCAUCAAUUUCAUCGUCUUCUUCACCAUCUCCAUCUGGGAAGCGGAGCAGAGAUCCUGGAGAUGAGGUUUACCUCGACAAUUUCCACUCUCACAAGCGUUAUCUCAGCGAGAUUAUGGCAUCUAGUUUGAAUGGACUCACUGUUGGAGACCCACUCCCUCUCCCUGACAAUCUCAUGGAAUCUCCAGCACAGUCUGAUACCAUGUUUUAUCCAAGGGAUGAGAUGUCCUUACAAUAUUCACCAAUGUCAGAGGACUCAGAUGACUCUCGAUUUUGUGAGAACCCGAUAAAUACUUGCUCCUCCCAACCUGAUAGUGUUCCCUCUAGUCCCGUCUCUCCUUAUAGGUACCAAAAAUUUCCUCCCACCUGUCCGAGCACUUCACAUGGCUGCACUGUCACUAAUUUCAACAGCUCCCAGCCUCGUCAGCGAGGCUCUGAUUCAGAGGGGCGAUUCCCGUCAUCACCUAGUGAUAUUUGUCACUCAGCUGACUUAAGGAGGGCUGCACUCUUGCGGUCUGUGCAAAUGAGAACACAACCUGCUGGCCCUCCGUCUUACGAGUUGGAGUUUGGUUCAGGGCAAGAGCCUGUAUCCAAUAUUGAAGCUGAAGAGCAGCCAUGUUCCUACAUGAAGUCUUUAGUUGAUGAGAGGGAAUAUCCGAUUGCAGGGUGUUCUUCUAUGGGUAUCACAGAGCCUGAUUUUAAACAAGAGAAAUCAUGCAGGAUGUUGGAUAUGGAUGUGAAAGGGAUUGAUUCUGCAGAUUAAGUGCUUGCUUCAGUGAUGUUAGAUACAUGCUUGAUAUGCAGAAUCUGGAGUGCAAGAUGAGAACUUAGGCUUUCCCUUUGUUUUAAAUGAAGAGAGGGGCAUCAUAAAGUCACAUAUUUUCUUGCCACCUGUCGGGGGUUCUUUCUUGGGAAAAUGGCCAUUGUCGAAGAAUUUUAAACAGGCGGAGAAUCGGUUACCUUGCUGUUAUGUGGAAGAAGGUGAAUGGUUUAUUCCUUUACUUUGUUUCCUUUGUGCUAGGGACAGCUUAUCUAACGGUCGUGACGGUCGUGAGAUUAUUGUAAAGUAAAUUAAUCAUUUCCCAGUGUUAAGCUGGUCAAGUAAGAUUACGAUUCUCAUUUCGCCCCCAA